UUGCAACUUGCCCGGGAAGGUGGAGGGGCGAGAGGGGGAGGGGGAGCUCCGCACGAGACCGAGCGGCCCGGGUUGGAGCGCCCAGCCCCGCAGCGGAUCAUGGUGCAGCAGGCCGAGAGCUUGGAAGCGGAGAGCAACCUGCCCCGGGAGGCGCUGGACACGGAGGAGGGCGAAUUCAUGGCUUGCAGCCCGGUGGCCCUGGACGAGAGCGACCCGGACUGGUGCAAGACGGCGUCGGGCCACAUCAAGAGGCCGAUGAACGCGUUCAUGGUGUGGUCCAAGAUCGAGCGCAGGAAGAUCAUGGAGCAGUCUCCGGACAUGCAUAACGCCGAGAUCUCCAAGAGGCUGGGGAAGCGGUGGAAAAUGCUGAAGGACAGCGAGAAGAUCCCGUUCAUCCGGGAGGCGGAGCGGCUGCGGCUCAAGCACAUGGCCGACUACCCCGACUACAAGUACCGGCCCCGGAAAAAGCCCAAAAUGGACCCCUCGGCCAAACCCAGCGCCAGCCAGAGCCCCGAGAAGAGCGCGGCGGGCGGCGGCGGCGGCGCGGGCGGCGGCGCGGGCGGCGCCAAGACCUCCAAGGGCUCGAGCAAGAAAUGCGGCAAGCUCAAGGCCCCUACGGCCCCCGCGGCCGGCGGCGCCAAGGCCGGCGCGGGCAAGGCGGCCCAGCCCGGGGACUACGGCGGCGCGGGCGACGACUACGUGCUCGGCAGCCUGCGCGGGAGCGGCGCGGGCGGCGGCGGCGGCGGCGCGGGCAAGACGGUCAAGUGCGUGUUCCUGGACGAGGACGACGAGGACGACGAGGACGACGACGAGCUGCAGCUGCGGAUCAAGCAGGAGGCGGACGAGGAGGACGAGGAGCCGCCGCACCCGCAGCUCCUGCAGCCGCCCGGGGAGCAGCCGCCGCAGCUGCUGAGACGCUACAACGUCGCCAAAGUGCCCGCCAGCCCCACGCUGAGCAGCGCGGCCGAGUCCCCCGAGGGCGCGAGCCUCUACGACGAGGUGCGGGCCGGCGCGACCGCGGGCGCCGGGGGCGGCAGCCGCCUCUACUACAGCUUCAAGAACAUCACCAAGCAGCACCCGCCGCCGCUGGCGCAGCCCGCGCUGUCGCCCGCGUCCUCGCGCUCCGUCUCCACCUCCUCCUCCUCCUCCUCGUCCUCGUCCUCGUCCAGCAGCAGCAGCGGCAGCAGCAGCAGCAGCAGCGGCGGCGAGGACGCCGACGACCUGAUGUUCGACCUGAGCUUGAAUUUCUCCCAAAGCGCGCACAGCGCCGGCGAGCAGCAGCUGGGGGGCGGCGCGGCGGCCGGGAACCUGUCCCUGUCUCUGGUGGAUAAGGAUUUGGAUUCGUUCAGCGAGGGCAGCCUGGGCUCCCACUUCGAGUUCCCCGAUUACUGCACGCCCGAGCUGAGCGAGAUGAUCGCGGGGGACUGGCUGGAGGCGAACUUCUCCGACCUGGUGUUCACGUAUUGAGAGGGGCGCCCCGCUUCUCGCUCUUUCUCUCGGCGGGUGCAGAGCAGGGCUCCCUGGGAGGAAGUCGUGGUGGUCGUGAAGAGGAGGAGGCGGAGGAGAGGUGGUGGUGUCGAUGGUGGUGGCGGUAGGGUGGAGGGGAGAGAAGAAGAUGCUGAUAUUGAUAUGAUGUCGUGACACAAAGAAAUUGGAAAAGAUGAUGAAAAUUUUGGUGGAGUUAAAGUGAAAUGAGUAGUUUUGAAA